UCUCGUGGUGAGCUAGCGCGAGGCUUGUGUGUGUCGUUCUCAGUCGGGAAGAAGCGCGUAGCCAUAGUGUGAUCUGUGAGACUAUAUCAUUCUGCAAGAUACCUCUGCAUACACUUUAUUGUAUAUGUGAAAGUCAGACAGCUUCCAGGAUGGCAAAAAGUGACCCAGCAAAGCCGAAGGGCAAAAUGUCUGCUUAUGCCUACUUUGUGAAGACUUGUCGUGAGGAGCACAACAAGAAGAACCCUGGGAUUUCUGUAAAUUUUUCAGAAUUCUCCAAGAAGUGUUCUGAGAGAUGGAAAGUGAUGUCUCCAAAAGAGAAGACCAAGUUUGAGGAGAUGGCCAAGCAGGAUAAGGCUCGCUAUGACCAAGAAAUGAUGAACUACAAUCCAGGCAAAAAGGGCAGAAAGAUGAAGGACCCCAGUGCACCAAGGAGACCACCGUCGGGAUUUUUCUUGUUCUGCUCUGAGCACAGGCCUAGUAUCAAAGCCCAGAAUCCCAGCAUGGGCAUUGGUGAUGUAGCAAAGAAGCUUGGUGAGAUGUGGAACAAUCUGUCUGACUCUGAGAAGCAACCCUUCCUUUCAAAGGCCAAUAAACUCAAGGACAAAUACCAGAAGGAUAUGGCAGACUACAAGAGCAAGGGGAAAGUAGGUGGUGGGGUGUCGGCAGGCAAAGCAAAAUCCAGGGAGGAGGAUGAUGAAGAUGGUGACGAUGAUGAAGAGGAGGAUUAAGGACUUUGUAUCCUUAAUCUGACACACGAGGCAGUGUCUCAAUCCCUGCCAGUGUAAGUUGAAAUAAGUCUGUAUUUGGCACCCGUGGAGAAGCCCAACUACUGUAAGCGAAGACGAAAUGUUAUCUUGCAGAAGGUCUGGACUUGCAGUAUGCUUUUGUUCAUGCCAUCUCAGUUUUACAAAAGAGGGACAAAAUGUUUUCUGUUUAGCCAUAAACAUCUGGUAGCACAAAGAUGUAUGCAUGUUUUAAGGUUGUUUUCAUGACUCAUCUUGACUUUUUUUCUCCCUUCCUAUUCUCCAGGCUUCAAGUUGUACAGUUUAAGUUGGGCAGAACAAUGUAGCAAAAUUCAAAUUUUUGUUAGCAAUCACUAGUUUGUGUAGUCACUAUAUGUAGAGUGGAUUUUCCCCUCCCUCCCCAGACUUGUUUUUUGGGUGAAUACACUGAACCCUUUGCAGAUUGAGGGCCCCCCCCCAACCAGUUCAACAUGGUCACCUCUGUCUGGUUAAAGCCCUUCUUUGUGUGUGGGUGGGGCAUUUUUUAUUUUAUUUGUAUAUUGAUUUGGUAAAACUUAUUUAAAAUGACUUGUUUUUAUAUCUAGGAAUUGUAACUUUGUUUUUAUUUUUUAUUUAUUUUUUUAAAUGGCAUCCAUAAUUUGUUGCAGGUGUAUGACUAUUUAUGGGAAUAAAGUGGUAAACAUUGCAAAA